AUGGAGUCCCCGUCAAGUUCUCUCACUUUCAACGCGCUUCAGGAGAGACCUAUUCCAGAGACUCAUUCUGCCAACCACGACCUCGCACGAAUCAUUGCCAGAAAGUGGGAGAUCUAUGCAGGCCACCGAGAACAGUAUCAUACCAGUAGCAUGGACGACGACUGCUUCUUCUUGCAAAAGAAUGAAGGUGAUAACCUCGAGAAAAUCGUCUUUCAAAGCGACAUCUAUGCCGAUUUCGAAACGAGAGGCAUGUCCAAUCCAUGGGAGAGGAUACCCUUCAAAGCCAUUGGUUCGCCCAUGUGCCUCUAUCGUCUGGCUUGCACCUUCCCCUCGGGAGUUCGUAUCGUGCAAACGGACAAGUCGGCGUGGUGGUCCGGGUUCAUUCACAAGGCGACGGGUCGGUACUUUGGAAUCACAGAUAUGAAAGGUCGUCCAGCCCUCAGGACCGUCCAAGAAGAAUCCGAUCUCCGAUCCCUGUUUAUGGAAGAUGGACAGUGGCAGCUCUUCAAAGAUCUAUCAGGAGUAUGCAACUCAGUGGGGAAGACUAUCUCACGGACGCACCUCGAAGAACUUCCAAAGGAGCUUGUCGAUCAUCUCUCAGAUCCCAACACAGGCGAUGUUGUUGUUCUCAAGAAGAUGCAGGACUUUGUCGACACCAACAAUAUCUUCACAAGCGAUAUUGCUGAGCUGCUGGGCUACCUUGCUUCCGACCAGUGCGCCCAUGGAUAUGGAGAUCUUGUUGCCGGUUGCGAAGAGCGAGAGCCUUAA